AUGGCCACCCCCGCCCUCGCCAGCACCAUCACCCUCCCCAACGGCCACCCCAUCCCGCGCCUCCACCUCGGCGUCUACCAGACCUCGGGCGCCCCCUGCACCAACGCCGUCACCCACGCCCUCACCGCCGGCUACCGCGCCAUCGAUUCCGCAGCAUGGUACUACAACGAGCGCGAGGUCGGCGCGGCCAUCACCACGCACCCCAGCGUCACCCGCGAGGACGUCUUCUUCACGACGAAGCUGCAGAACAACGAGUCGUUUGCUGCGACGAAGCGCGCGGUGGAUGACUCGUUGAGGAAGAGCGGGCUGGGGUGGAUUGAUUUGUAUUUGCUGCAUAGCCCGUAUGGUGGGAGGGCGAAGAGGAGUGAGUGCUGGAGGGCCGUGGUGGAGUGUGUCAAGGAGGGGAAGGUGAGGAGCGCCGGGUUGCAGCAGCUGCUGGAGGACUGUCCGGAGGAUAGGCCCGUGGUGAACCAAGUCGAGGUGCACCCGUUCAACACGCAGACCGCAAUCGUGGAAUUCUGCCAACAGAACAACAUCCAGAUCCAAGCCUACGCGCCGCUCGCGCGGGCGAUGCGGUUCCGCAACCCGACGAUCCAGGCGCUGUCGCGCAAGUACGGGUGCACGCCGGCGCAGCUGAUGGUGAAGUGGAGCCUGCAGAAGGGCUAUGUGGCGCUGCCAAAGAGCGUCAAGAGGGAGCGCAUUGUCGAGAAUGCGGGCGUGGAUGGGUUUGUGAUUGAGCAGGCGGAUGUGGAGAAGAUGGAUGCGCUGGAUGAGGGGCUGGUUACUGAUUGGGAUCCGACGGAUUGUGAUUAG